AUGUCUGGUUUUGCUUUUAAACAAACAUCAGGUGGAUUUAUUUUUGAUAAUUGUCAACGAAAUGAACUCCUACUAAGUAAUGGUGUAUUGCCAGGCAAUGUACGAAAAACAGGCACAACAAUUGCUGCUAUAAAAUAUAAAGAUGGUGUAGUAAUUGGUGCUGAUAGUCGAUCUACAGCAGAACAUAUGAUACAUGAUGAGAAUGUAUUAAAAAUUCAUCGUUUAUCUGAUAAUAUUUAUGCACUUGGAGCAGGAACAGCAGCUGAUUGUGAUUUUCAAGCACGUAUACUUGAAUCUAAACUUGAAUUACUUAGAUUAAAUCAAGAUCGACAAGUUAGAGUCGUGACUGCUGUUAGAAUGUUGCAACAACAUUUAUAUAGAUAUAAAGGUUAUAUUGGUGCAUAUUUAAUCAUUGUUGGUGUUGAUGUAACGGGUUCUCAUAUAGCUGCAAUUGAACCUUAUGGUACUGAAAAUGAAGCAAAACAAUUAGUACGUGAUGCUCUUUAUGCUUCUAUAACUACUGAUUUAUAUUCUGGUAGUAAAAUUAAUAUGUAUGUAUUAACAAAAGAGAAGUUAGAUAAAUUUUUACCAUAUGAAAUUGUUGCUGUUCGUGGUGAUAGACAAAUUGAUUAUAAAUUGGAAAAAGGAGUAAAAGUAUUAUCAACGAGUGUGAAAAAAAUUGAAUUUGAUAUUGUUAAUGAAAAAGUAAAACAAAAAAAUAAUGAAACAGAUGAAGCUAUGGAACUUGCAUAA